GCAAGACUGGCUCGAGCGUCGAGUGAGGGCAGAAAAGCAACACACAAAAAAAACAUUACUUUUUUUUAGCUCGGUGGAGCAAAGGGCGUUUUUUUUAAAAUAGUAGAUGUCUAUCAAGCCACACUUCCAUUAAUCGUGUUGGCAGCGUUACGAAUAGAGAUCAUUGUCUUUUGAGUUCAUUAGUGGUUUGGAGCUGUCUUCGUCUUUAUCCACACCACCACCACUCGAAAGUUCGCAACGAUGAGCUUCUUAUUUGGCAAUCGCUCAUCCAAGACCUUCAAGCCGAAGAAAAAUAUCCCCGAAGGUUCACAUCAGUAUGAGCUGUUGAAACACGCGGAGGCCACUCUCGGUAGUGGGAAUUUGAGACAAGCAGUGAUGCUACCGGAGGGAGAAGAUCUCAACGAAUGGAUUGCAGUAAACACUGUGGAUUUCUUCAACCAGAUCAACAUGUUAUAUGGCACCAUCACAGAGUUCUGCACUGAGACAAGCUGCUCUGUGAUGUCUGCAGGACCAAGGUAUGAGUACCACUGGGCAGAUGGCACCAACAUCAAGAAGCCAAUCAAGUGCUCCGCUCCCAAGUACAUCGACUACCUGAUGACCUGGGUGCAGGAUCAGCUGGACGACGAAACGCUCUUCCCUUCCAAAAUAGGAGUGCCUUUCCCUAAGAACUUCAUGUCUGUGGCCAAGACCAUCCUGAAGCGGCUGUUCAGAGUCUACGCUCACAUCUACCACCAGCACUUUGACUCUGUGAUGCAGCUUCAGGAGGAGGCUCACCUCAACACCUCCUUCAAACACUUCAUCUUCUUUGUCCAGGAGUUCAGCCUUAUUGACCGGCGUGAACUGGCCCCCCUGCAGGACCUGAUUGAAAAGCUGGGCUCCAAGGACAGAUAGACAUCCCCUCCCUCCCUCCCUCCCUCCCUCUCCCUCUCUCCCUCCCCCUCCUCUCUCCCUCCCUCUCUUCUCUGACCGCUACCUCUCUCUCUUCAUGUGUUCACUCUCUCACUUCGUGCCUUCCAUCUUUCUUCACCGUUAUUGUUUUGUUUUUUUCUCAACCGUUCUGUUCCACUUUGUGCUUCCCUUUGUAGUCUCCAUAUUGUUUUAAAGGUGUGAGAUGUCAGAGAUCACGUUAGUCUUUUAGAUAAGAUACCAGAGAGUAUAGUAUAUUAAAUAUGUUUUUGGUUUAACACUUCUAUAAUUGGGACCUACUGCCUUGUUCUUCGUGGACCAAGAUGUUUAUGGGGUCGAAAUACAAACCAGCUGUUUUACUUUUCUUUCUUUUUUUGCGUUUUGAACAUCAGUUUUGUUUAGAGUUCAAGUGUUAGUAUUAAUGUAUAACAAUUCUCUGUUUUGAAUGUGCAUCUGGUUUGCCUGGUUAUUUCACUUUUUCACAAAGGGUGACUGAAGUAGAAAAAGGUUGUUUAUAAUGUCAGUUUUACAAUGAGACUUUUGAUAAACUUGAUAAAUAGAUAUUCUUCCAAUAUUUCUAAAGAAUCUGAAAUUAUAUUUGUACGUUGUAGUAAACCACUUAGAGAUCCUAGGAUGUAAACCAAGCAGUGUCAUCGAGUGACAUUUCUAUAAAUUAACAUGAAACGUGUCAUGAAAAAUAGUUUUAAACUUAGUUUGUUUUACUGUCAUUUCAGUCAAAUGUGCCUCAAUUCAGUUUUUUUGCUACAAUACUUUCUGGAUGUGUUUUGUGCAUGCUGGUACUUUUAAUAUCAAGUCAAUAUUUUAUUAAACUCAAUUUAGCUUUUUAUCCCCAGCAUGCAUAAUGCAAUAAUUGCAAAUGUUCCAAUACCUAAGAAAGAUGACUGUACAUGAGAUGUAUGUAGUUAUUUUUCUUUUAUAAACGAUUGUUUGUCCAAGUGUGGUGUUAUAGUGUUCACACUGAUCUUCUCCAGUGUUUCCAGCACAGAGGACUCAAACAGCUGGGCUGUUUUUCCACGCUACCUUGUCACCCAAAAGCUACUUUUCGUCAUCCAAUUUCAUAAACACCACCUACAAAUCUUGUUUUUUCAAGCGAUUACUCUUAACCAGUUGCAUGAAAUGUCUGCAGUCUGAAACUAAAUCAGUCUCAGACAAUCAAUUUAUAGGAUCGUUGUCAAAAUGCAUGAAUUGAAUGUCUUGUAAAGGGGCUCGUAAUUUGACUGAUUUGACCACACGCGCCUUAGGCUUAGUUUUAUUAGAAUUUGUAUUUCUGUCUUACUCUUUUAUUCUGCUUUCUCUUAUAUAUGCAUUUUAAAAAAUCUUGUUGGCAUGAUAUCCAUUUGAGUUACAAUUCAGAAUGCAAUAUUUGUAAGAGUAAAAUGGGAAACUAUUGAUCGGAUGAACAUUUUAAAAUUGAUUUGGCAUUUAUAUGUAUUCUGAUGGACAUUUCAUGUGUGUCCUUUUCCGCUGUAAAUAUGAUAAUUGACAGUACAUUAUCUGAACAAACCUGUGCCUUAUUAAAGAGAAAAUGUGUCUGAUAUGACAGUAUUGGUAGGAGAAAAGCUAAAUAAACAUGGAUGAGACAUUC